UCGGCACCCCCUUCCUCCGCCGCGCAUCCAAGGCACGAGCCACGGGCGGCCUGCGUCGCCCUCUUCCUGCGACAUCCCGUUCUCCGCCAGCAGGUCGUGCCGCGAACAGACCGCCGCCUGCUCCUUGCCGGGCAAAUUCCGGCCGCCACGGUGCCCCUCCUCCAUGGGUAAGAGGUAAAACGGAACACCCUCGAUGUCUCCUCUCUCUGUUCCCCCGCUCCCCGCGCUCUCCCAUGGACUAAAUCGCUGGAAUUUUUGUCAACCCAAGUCAUGGUUGACUUGUUGUCAAUUGUUUCUGCUAAAUAAAAUGGAAUUAUCUGAUGCCAUAUGUGUGCUCUUCUGGUCCAUUUGCAGUGUUUUCUGCGGUUUCAGGCUCGAAUUGUCGAUGGAAAAGGAGCAGAACAAAUCUAUGUAUGCAGAUCUUGGACACUUCUCACAAUCAUCAAUUCAGGAUGUUGCCAACUGCAUCCGCCCUCUCCGGUUCCACCACAAAUCACAAAUGGGGGGCGCGUGUUUCUCUACACAACUCAUUGAUGGUGAUGGGGUCUUCAAUGUCUCCAAAUUGGAGAACUUCAUGAAGGAAGUUAGAUUGGGUGCAUGCAGGCUCUCGUAUGCUAUUGUAUCAAUAAUGGGCCCGCAAAGUAGUGGGAAAAGUACACUUCUGAAUCAUCUUUUGGCCCCAAUGUUAGGGAGACGGAUGCUUUCAAAGGAAGGUCACAGACUACCAAAGGUAUAUGGUUGGAGUUGGUGA